GGCUUCCGCUGGGCGGACCCCGUUGCCAUGCCGGAGACCGGGGUCCAGGCGCGGCGCAAAAUGGCGGAGAAAUUCCGCGCGGCCAAAUGAAGCUAAGGCCGCAGGGCUGAGGCGGGGAUUCGAAGGCAUCCAGGUGCCGUUGGGAGAGGUUGCCAUUCACCAGAGGAGGAGAACGAAGAUCCCCUUCCUCACCUGAGAGACGGCGACGUCGAGCGUGAGCGCUCCCCCUCCUCCUCCUUCUUUCCCCUCCCCUUCCCUUCCUUUCCCUCUCUGAAGGAAAACCCGCUCUUAGGCCGCAGGAGUCCUGGGGACGGGGGCUAAAAGUUUCACUCAUUUUCAGAGACGAUGGGAAACACCUUAUCCUGUUGCGUGUCCCCCGGGGCAAGCCCCACGCUGUCAGGCCGCGGCGGGCUCCGGGGCCAGGAGCGGCAGCAGCAGAAGGAGCGGAUCGACGCUUACCGAGUGGAGGCGGAGCUCCGGGAACCCGAGCCCAGCCCCGGAACCAAUCUGCAGCACAUCAGUGACAGGGAAGCGCCGGAAGAUAUGAACUUAGAAUCAAACCCAUCUGACCACCCAAGAGCCAGCACCAUCUUCCUGAGCAAGUCCCAACCAGAUGUGAGAGAGAAGAGGAAAAGUAACCACAUAAAUCAUGUAUCUCCUGGUCAACUUACUAAAAAAUACAGCUCAUGUUCAACAAUAUUUAUUGACGACAGUACUGUAAGCCAACCUAACCUAAAAAGCACAAUUAAAUGCGUUACACUUGCAAUAUAUUAUCACACAAAGAACAGAGAUUCAGACAGAUCAAUAGAUAUUUUUGAUGAGAAAAUGCACCCGUUGACUAGAGAAGAGGUGCCAGUAGAUUAUUGUGAACGUGACCCAGAACAUAAACACAUAUACCGGUUUGUACGGACUCUCUUCGGUGCUGCCCAAUUGACUGCAGAAUGUGCAAUAGUAACAUUGGUAUACCUAGAAAGGUUGCUGACAUAUGCUGAGAUAGAUAUCUGUCCUAGUAACUGGAAACGGAUCGUGCUGGGAGCCAUCCUGCUUGCUUCUAAGGUCUGGGAUGAUCAGGCUGUCUGGAACGUGGACUAUUGCCAGAUCCUGAAAGACAUGACGGUCGAGGAUAUGAAUGAGAUGGAGAGACAGUUCCUAGAGCUGCUACAGUUUAACAUUAAUGUUCCUGCUAGUGUUUAUGCCAAAUAUUACUUCGAUCUGCGCUCUCUGGCAGAUGACAACAAUAUGAAUUUUCCCUUGGAGCCACUCAGCAAAGAACGAGCACAGAAACUAGAGGCAAUCUCCAGGUUGUGCGAGGACAAAUACAAAGACAUGAGCAAAGCCACUAUAAGGCGGUCACUCAGCGCUGGCAAUUUGAUAGGAAUUAGUCGUUCUAAUGCCAUCCUCUCCUAGGAAGGAGACUAUCCCAUCGGCGUGUAUUGCACCAGCAGAGACAGAGUCUUCCAGUUGGGUGACGGAAUCUUUCUGCAGCUGAAUCCCAAGUCGCAGCUCCUCACCUGAAGAGUACACUUAAGAAAUUAACAUUAAAUGUUGCCUGCUUGGCUACAAGGCCCUUUUAGGAGAAGGAAGGAAAAAAUUGUUUUGACACUACACUGACACAGCAGUGUGCAACCUGCAGUGUGGAGAUUUUUUAUGCUUACUGUGUAGGCCUGUAACUGAGAAGUUCCUCAAGCUUUUAUUUUAAUUUGUCCUAAUUCAAUGAAACAAUAUCCAAAGCAAAUUGAAAUCAUGUUGCGUGGACCCUACAGGUAGGCUGAGACAACAGAAGCCGAGUGUGAGAGUAAAUAGUGUCAGAACAGGAGCGAAUAACUGACCAUGUGCACUGUGCAAGUUAGCAAACAUCAAAGCUCUCCAGGAGUAAAGCUGUCUUUCAGGCAUAGGAAGGACUUAACCAGCAUGUAUUCGCACAUAUUUCUGUGUGAUGCAGACUUUAAAGUGGAAUAGAUUUCUCUUUUGCCAUAACUCACCUCUCAUCCUCCUCACAAUUCCAACUCCUUCCUUCCCUCACCUCAAACCCAACUUAUCCUCGAUGUAUUUUUGGGACAUUAUCUACAUAAUUUCCUCGCUGGCUGGUAAAGAUGACAAAUUACUUCUUUUUUAAGCACAUUUUUAAUGAAGUAAAAACUCACAAGGCAUUUCACUGGCUCACCAACAUUAAACCAUCGGUGAUAUUGGAACAGGUGAUCAAAAAGUUUGGUCAAUAACUUGGUUUUCAAGGAGAGUUUUAAAGGAGGAUAGGUAGGUGGAAAGAUUCAGGGCAGGAAUUUCCAGAGCUCAGGGUCUAGGCAGCUUGACCUGUGAUGUAUACAUAUAUGUGCAUCACUUUGCUGCAAGCCUGCACUCUCCACACCAUUACUGUGUCUGAAAGCAAGAUUCUAAGAAGGCUGGAAAUCUGAAAUAAAAGCAAAAAAAAAGUAACACACAGCAGCCAGGCAGCAUCUGUUAUGAAAAAAGUCAAAAUUCAGAUCGAAGGCCUUAAAUUGAUGAAUCCAUCAGUCCAAAACUUAUCAUCUUGAAGAUGACAGUAUUACCUCAGAUCAAGGGCUCUUACUGUGUAAUAAGCCUGUAAUAAAAAUGUACCACCACUCUACACAGUGAGAGCAGUUUCCACAGAAGCUACUGAGUUUUAAACUGCAGUAUAUUUUUUUUUCUUUUUUAAAGUUUUGGGGUUCUUUUCUUUUGUUGAAUGUUGGCUGUGGUGGAUAGCAAAGAAGGCUGUGAGCUUGUGAAAGGAAUGCAUGCCUGAUGGGGGUGUCUUGAGUACCAGGGUCUGCCAGCCCCAUAUCUAGUUCAGUCAGCUCCAGUAAGUACCCACGUAUGACAGUCCAGUGUCCUCACUGCACGUAGGGGCCCAUAACUGCCGGUCAUCAGUUGUUCUCUGAUUUGUGACGUUGUCUCAUUCUUUUGACAUAUAUGUGACCCUAAACAGAAAAUGUGAAUGUUUGUAAGCAAAUGACAUUAAAUUUGUACAUAAACAGGCUAUUUGGCCUAAUAGGUCAUUACCUCUGUUUAUAUGUCCUUCUACAUAUCACUUGAUAAUCAUAUCCUCCAUUCCUUUCUGUCAAGUGUAACUAUCUGGCUUCCCCUUAAAUGCAUGUAUCGUAACAAAUCUAGGGAGCUCCAUGUUCUACCCAGUCUCAAUUUUUUAAAAAAAAAAGUUCCCUCUGAAUUUCCCAUUGUUGUUACCUUGUAGUACAGUCCCUAAUUUUAGACCCCAGCCCCCACAAAUGUAAAUAUCGUUUCUGUCACAUCUUUCAUAACCUCAAAGGUAUCUCUCAACUUCUGUGUCUACUGAAAAAUAUUUUACUAAUAGGACCUCACUUCUUUCAGGUAGCCUGUAAAGUUGCAUAAUUGUUGCGUUCCUGGCAUAAAUCUCUGGCCACUGUAACUUGCCUGUCUCAUUUGACUGAGAGGAAGCAAUGUUCCGUAUUUAUUUCUGAGCAAGUAAAUUUCAUAUUUUUUGCAACCAGGGAAAUGGGAGGCAACUGGAGUUUCUCCCAGGCAGGACAUGAGGCUGUAGCAGUUUGAGGAGUGGUGAGAUAUUGAUGAAGAAAGUUACUGCAAAAACAAAUUGGACAAGGUUGCCAGAAUGUAGGUUUUAAAAAGCAAAUCACUGAAUCCCAUUUAAUCUGAGAAAAAUAAAAUUGUUUGUUCACCAGAAGCCAGAGGUUUUGGUAAUAAAUUUUUGAAACUAGGCUAGAGUUUUAUUGCUGGCUUUCACCGCCAUCACCAACCCCACCUUGCCACAGGUUAGUUCAUACAGUGCGUGGCUUUAUGGUGCUUAACUUUUUUUUUAAAAAAGUAUAUUAUUAUUAACCUUCAAGCUUGUAGCACUUCUUCCAUAACUAAUACCCAGAAAACUGCAGUAGCAGCUAAUGGCACAGUCCAAGCAACAGCUUGAACCCUUUUCUCCUAUGGUUGAACAAGACGGAGAGUUGAAGUGCUCCUUUUCCAUUUUAAAGUUAAGCUGGAAAUCUUUUUACAAUGUAUAGAAGAUGCAAAAAAAAUGCAAAGACGAUACAAUUUUCACUGUUCCUUUUAAAUUGUGUGGAAGAUUUAAAUGCGCAAAUCAACUAAUGUGAAACAGCAAAGUGGAGAGGAGGAAAAAUGAUAUGUUCAACAUGAAGUACCGACAAUAUUCCUUCCCCCUUUUAUUCUUUCUCAAACAGCUCUUUAGAAAAGUCCAGAAAACAAGCAUUUAAUUCAAGAGGGAGUGAAGCGUAUCUGCCCUGCUGACAUCACAUUGGGAGGAGCUUGUCCGGAGCUCAGUUGCCAAGUAGAAAUAGUUAACUCUAUUUUUUUGUAUGUACAAAUCCAGCUGAGCAUUUUCCUUGUGAAGGCAUUGGGUUGCGGAAGUAGAUACUGAUCAGUGUGAUCAAAGAUGCCAAGGGCCAAGUGAGCUGAAAUUAAUGGUGUCUGCAGACAAGUAGAUUGUGAAGACUUCUUUUCCUCCUGAUCAGUGAACAAAACUGCUGUCUAUAGAAAAAUCCUUCAACUAAUUAAACAGACAUCUUCAAAGGUAGCGAUUAAAGGAAACAAAUAUGCACAAGUAGUGGGAGAGCAUAUUGAUUUACUUCAUUAGUAGUGAAUAAUGUAUGAUCUGGAUCUUAGGUGCAGCCUACUCUGGCUAAGCUGGUGCUGAUAUACUUUACAGCCUUGAUGGAUGAAUAAGUGAAUGCUGCAUUCCCCGAGUAUCCCGUAAAGCAAAGGAGUUACAGGAAUUCAUGUUCUUAGACAAGCAAUUAUGGGUUGCUAUCGCUAAGAAUGAAAUGGUUGUCAUAUAAGGGACUGGUCACUGUAUUUGAGUGGGAUGUAAACCAAAGUGUCAGGCCAUCUUUAAUGGUCGUCAUUCCUCUCACUUUCACCACUGGGCAGUGUUGUGGCACCAGGAUCAGCAAGUGCCAGCAGUUUUGGUUGAAGUAAUACUAGACAACCAUUCUAACUUGAGGCAGGUCUUUGCCAUUUAGAUAGGAAGACUCCCAAGUUUUCCUGUUUCAUCAUAGGAAUAGGAGGGCUGACUCCCAAUGAAAUUAAAUGAUACUAGGACAGGAGAUGCAUGGUAUGAGUUUGAAAAGCAAACUGUGAUAUGACUGCACUGUCAAAAAGCACAUAUUGAAAUUGUUCUACCAUCUACAUGUGAGUAACUGAAAUGUGUGACAGUUUUGGCUGUUCUUGGCUAAUUUUACAAAUGCUUUCCGUGUAGAAUAGCAAGGUGUAGAAUCUAUCAUUGAAAUUAAAUUUUCAUCAUCACUUC